GAUUUCGACUUCUUCGUGGUGGUCGACUUCGAGGCGACGUGCGUGAAAGACGCGCGGAUCUUUCCGCAGGAAAUCAUUGAGUUCCCCGCCGUGCUCGUCGACGGCGCCACCGGCCGCAUCGAGUCGGCGUUUCGCAGGAUUGUGUCGGACUGUAUUCCAAUUAAGCAGAGGAAGCGUGUGCCCUAUUUGAUCAUUUCUAGUGGUCUUUCUCUAUUUCCAUAGCUUAUCAUUGGGAUGUCAGAACAUUUGAGGAGCUCAAGCAAUCUUUUUACGCUAAUGUUGAUUGUACAGAACUUGGGUUCUGCCAUGGCAGAUGUUGUUAUAGAUGCAAUGAUUGCAGAGGCAGUUCGAUCAGCAGGGCCAAAAUUUGCUGGUGAUCUCCAGUCAUCAAUGGCUGUAGGGGGGAUAUUUGGGAGCUUAUUGGGAGGAUACGCAUUGUCCAAUCUCCCAAUAAAUGCCAUUGAUAUUAUUUUCUCUGCUCUUCCACUGUUCCAACUAGUUACAUGUGUUUUCAUUAAGGAAUCUCCAAAAGGAUUUGAAAGUACGACAGAUAACGCCGCACAUGAUCAUGCUGAUGGUCAGAAUAUUGAUAGUGCUUUUGCUGGACAAGGCUCAGGUGAAUCUUUUAAAUAUGAGGGCACUAGGAAGCGAAAGGGUGCUCGUAAAAAGAGCAAAAGGAGAUCAUUAUCCAAACGAUCUGAAGCUCAUGAGAAGCACAAUAAAUCAGUUAAUUUAUACUCAUCUCUGAAAUCAGCCUUAGUCAGUUUAUGCACUGCUUUUAAGCAGCCAGCAAUUUUGCGCAGUUCCAAAUAUCUCAACAGUCAUGUUCUAUUAUCAAACGGAGGUUCUACAUCUGGAGAGGCAUCCUUCCUAGGGACUGCACGUGUGAUUGGGUGGUUCAAUCUAAUGCUUGGCACAUAUAUCUACAACCGCUACUUAAAGCAUAAAAAACUCAGGAAUAUUCUUAUGUUUGCACAUGUUGGCCUAGCGAUAAUUACUGUACUGGACAUUUUACUGGUGUCAAGAUUACACAUUCAGUAUGGAAUAGCAGACAAAUACAUGGUGCUGUGGGGCUCUGCUUUAGCCGAUGCAAUCAACCAAUUCAAGAUGAUGCCGUUCCUAAUCCUCUCAGGACAGCUUUGCCCGCCUGGAAUCGAGGGCACACUGUUUGCUCUGUUCAUGUCCAUUAACAACCUCAAUUCGACAUUAGGUUCAUUCCUUGGAGCUGCAUUGGCGUCAGCUUUGAACAUCUCGUCGGUACAGUUUGACAAUCUGGCGCUUGGCCUAGCUGUUCGGCUGCUGUGAACUCUCUUACCUAUCGGAUUUUUGUUUCUGAUUCCAAGGGACGUUACGGGACUAACAUCGGGUUACAGACUUGAUCAUCAUUUUUUCUGGACUGGUCUGGUCUGUAUUCCCUAGUCUUACUCAUACAUGCAUAUAGAGAAACCAAAUUGAAGCCAGCAGGAAGGUAGCUCAGUUUUGUUGUAAUAUGUAUACAGGCAUAUACUAGAAUGAGAGGAAGAGUGCAAUAACUGACAUUAUAAAGCGUUAAGCAAUGGCGAAACUGUGUAGCAAAUGUACUUGCGAGAACAUGUGUUACAUGGAAAGUAUUAUUGUUUAUUAUUAAGCUUUUGAUCUGUCUGUCAA